AUGUCCAUGCACAUCCUAUUUGGUCAGUCAUGUAUACCUUCCCGUAAAACUGACAUCCCCCUCAUACCCCAUCCCUUGCCCCUGGAGCCGCUCAUCUUGCCCGUCCUCGUACUGCUGUUGCUGUUGUUGCUCCUGAUGCUGCUGUUCCUCACUCUCAUUGAUCAUCUGCUGCUGCAACACAAUACUAUACACACUCGCCUUGAGCAGCGUACACACCGUCGCAGUCUUGCGCUCCAGCAGCCUCAAUCCAUCAAGGGUCAACGAGGCCUGCGUACCUUGUUCACAUUCCCCAGGAGCCGGGUAUACUCAUCCAGGACUUCCUGCUCGAGAUCCGAGACGAGGGGGUUUGACGCGCGCAAGAGAGGGUUUUCGGUUGUUAUUGGGGAGGAGGAUGAGCAGUUGCGGCUGGCGGCGGAGGCGGGGUCAUCGUCGAAGGAGAACAUGUCAACUUGCGAGGGUGUGGUGGUUCUGUUCCUAGCGGAUAAAGAGAGCUGA